CAGUUCAGAAUCCGGGGCGGAGGAUGCUGGCUCCUGGAGGAGGAGGUGACAACUCCGGGUGGCUACAGGUUCCACGUCCGGUGUCCUGGGAAAGUCGGCAGCAGCAGCAGCAGCAGCAGCGCAGUGGCGGGAACCGCAGCCCGGCGGCCCUGGAACCUCCCAGUCAGUCAUGCUCACCUGUGAUUCAGAGCAAAGAGCCCCGGAUGGAGGAGAGAGAGGAGACAGCAACAAAGGAUCCAGAAGAGUUCCAGUCUUUGUUCCUAAGACAGAAACUCAGAGAAAAACAACAGUGAUGAUGGCUGCUUCUCCAAUAAAUGCUCCCCAGGGUCUGCUGACAUUCAAGAAUGUGACUGUGGACUUUUCCCAGGAGGAGUGGGAAUGUCUAGACUCUUCUCAAAGGGCUCUGUACAUGGACGUCAUGUGGGAGAAUUAUAGCAAUCUAGUUUUUGUAGAGAACCAUUGUAUUUGUGGUAAAUACGAGAUUGUCCUGAAUCAAGGCUCAAAGCGUAUUGUCCAUGAGGAUGUGAAUACCCAAGAGAAGUCUCACAAAUGUUAUGAGCUUGGCAAAAUGAUUCAUGAAUCUUCCCAGUGUGUACCUUAUAAUACAAGUGGUGCUACAGAAGACUGCAAGAAUUACAGAGGUGGUACCCACAAGGAUACCUCUACCGAGUCAUCAAACCGAAAGAGACACAGAAGUGGGAAGGCUGUAGGAGAACAAUGCAAACAUAAAGACUACAGGGAGCGUUUAAAUGUGUGUUCCAACAUUAGCCAGUCUCAACAAAUCCACACUGGAAAGAAAGAACACAAAGAUACAGACUAUGAUAAACUUUUUGACUCUAAGCAUGAACUUACAAUGAAACUAAUCCAGAAUGGAAAGAAACCGCACCAAUGCAGGAAAUGUGGAAAAUGCUUCAGGACCUAUUUGAGCCUCAGUAAACAUCAGCGAACUCAUCCUGGAGAGAGACCCUACAAGUUCGUAGACUGUGAUAAGUCCUCUUUGCAUUUGUCACACCACAAGGCACAGAAAACCCAUUGUAGAGGAAAACCCUACAAAUGCACAGAAUGUGGCAAGUGCUUUUAUCAUUCAUCAGGGUUUAAAAGACGUUGCAGAAACCACACUGGGGAGGAGACUUAUAAAUGUAAAAAUUGUAGAAAAUCCUUUAUCUGUUGCUCUGGUCUUAGAAAACAUCAGAAAAUUCGUGGAAGCGAGAGGCCUUAUAAAUGUAAACAAUGUAAUAAGUCUUUCUAUACAUCUUCACACCUUGAAUACCAUUACAGAAGGCACAGUGGAGAGAAACUUUACAAAUGUAAUGAGUGUGGCAAGUCCCUUUCUACCUCUUCAGGUCUUAAAAAACACCAGAGAAUUCAUACGGGAGAGAAAAUUUACAAAUGUAGCGACUGUGGGAAAUCCUUCACCUUUCGUACAUCUCUUAGACUGCAUCAAAGAAUUCAUACCGGAGAGAAACCUUACAAAUGCAAUGAAUGUGGCAAAUGCUUUAUCCAGAAAGUGAACCUUAGAACACAUCAGACUAUUCAUUCAGGAGAGAAACCUUUCAAAUGUAGUGAAUGUGGGAAAUCCUUUACUGUUGGCUCCGGUCUUAGAAGACAUCAGACAAUUCAUACUGGAGAGAAACCUUAUAAAUGUAGCAAAUGUGGGAAAUCCUUUCCCAUUGUCUCAGACCUUAGAAAUCACCAGAAAAUUCACACUGGAGAGAAACCUCACAAAUGCAGUGAGUGUGACAAAUGCUUCAUCUGGAAAGCUGAUCUUAGAACUCACCAGAAAGUCCAUACAGGAGAGAAACCUUACAAAUGUGGUGAAUGUGGGAAAUCCUUUACCACUGGUUCAGGCCUUAGGAGACAUGAGAGAAUUCACACAGGAGAGAGGCCUUACAAAUGCAGUGAGUGUGACAAAUACUUUGUCCAGAAAACCAACCUUAGAAGACAUCAGAGAAUCCAUACAGGAGAGAAACCUUACAACUGUAGUGAGUGUGGCAAAUCCUUUAAUACUGACUCGUAUCUUAGAAUACAUCAGAAAAUUCAUACCGGAGAGAGACCAUACAAAUGUAGUGAGUGUGACAAAUACUUUAUCCAGAAAGCCAAGCUUAGAAUACAUCAGAAAAUUCAUACCGGAGAGAAACCUUACAACUGUAGUGAAUGUGACAAAUGCUUUGUCCAGAGGCAAUCUGAUAAGUCAUCAGAGAAUUCACACAGGAGAGAAACCUUACAAAUGUAGUGGGUGUGACAAAUCCUUUACCAUUGGCUCAGUUCUUAGAAAACAUGAGAAAAUUCAUACAGGAAGAAACACACUAAUCCUUUAUCCAGGAAGCCAGGUUUAGAACUCAUCAAUGUAUGAAUAUAGGAGAGAACCUUAUAAAAUGUAGUGUACAUAGCAAAGUCUUUACCACCUCUCAGGUCUAAGAAAUCAUGAGAAAAUUCAAACUGGAGAUCAAAGUUUCCAAAGCCUUUAAGUAAUAUUCAAAUCUUAGAAAAAAAAAAUCAAGACUUUAUACCCAGGAAAAAUUUUGGAAAUGUGACAUUGUAGGAAAAUUUUCAUUCAAACAUUUUACGUCUUCACCCUCAAAUACUUCAUAAUGAAAACAAAAUGGAGAAGCAUGAAGACUGUGAGUUGUGUAGCAGGUUUCUGGAGCCUGAAGCAUUCCAUCCUCUAGGGAAGCUGAUUAAGACAGGAAAUAAAUCAUUCAAAAUAGCUUCAAGAAUUUCCUGAAACUGACAGGAUUCACUAUGCUUACCACCACUGAAGAAGUUAUAUCAGUCUUGCUGCUUAGAAGAGGCUUUGUUGAAUUGAUCCAGUCAGGUAUGAUGCUCUUGAACACAUAGAUAUGCCUGCAGGUGUGUAUGCUGUGGGUGCCCAGUGUUCAAAUGCUGUAUUUCAUGCCGACUUGGAGUUUCAUGUUGGUAACGGUCUUUGAGUCACUUUUGUUCCUAUAAGCAACUCCGGUCCCUAUUUAUGUAAGUAACCCCAAUAAAGCUCAUUGGUUCAACAA